AAAGAAGAAGUUUUUUUCUCGGUCAUGUGACAGCAGGAGAAGACCCUGUGAUACGCUGCUGGAAGUAGAAUGAACCAGAAAUAAACCGUCAACAACAACCGGCAGGCUAGCGAUUGCUAACGUUGGGAGACAAAGCUCAGUUUAGCGUCUCGUUCACGGAAUAAGACAAAGCGCCUCUGGUCGCGCUGCGGGCCGCUGAUUCCCCCCAAACGAAGGACCAAAAUGACGGCCGCGGUGUUUUUCGGGUGCACCUUCAUCGCCUUCGGGCCGGCCAUCGCCCUGUUCCUCUUCACCAUCGCACGGGAGCCGCUAAGGGUCAUUUUCCUCAUAGCGGGAGCGUUUUUCUGGCUGGUGUCCCUGCUGCUGGCCUCUCUGGUUUGGUUCAUCUCCGUUCAGAUCAGCAACAAGGACAGCGCCGCCCAGCAGAAGGGGCUCCUCAUCUUCGGCGUGGUCCUGUCCGUCCUGCUGCAGGAGACCUUCCGCUUCGCCUACUACAAGCUGCUCAAGAAAGCCAAUGAAGGCCUCCUGACCCUCAGCCAGGAGGAAACCAUGCCCAUCUCCAUCCGCCAGCUCGCCUACGUGUCGGGCCUCGGCUUCGGCUUCAUGAGCGGAGCCUUCUCCGUGGUGAACAUCCUGGCGGACUCGGUGGGGCCCGGAACCAUCGGGAUCCACGGAGACUCUCAGCACUACUUCCUGUCCUCAGCCUUCAUGACGAUGGCCAUCAUCCUGCUCCACAUGUUCUGGGGAGUCAUCUUCUUUGACGGCUGUGAGAAGCGGCGCUGGUGGGCCGUGGCUGCUGUCGUGGUCAGCCACCUCGUCGUCUCCUGUCUGGUGAGUGCUGCGUUCUCUGUAUUAACCAGCAGGGGGCGACUCAUCUGUUCCCAUGUUAUCAGGAAAUGACUCUUCAAUACAGCAUGAUGUUCAUUUAGUGAAUGAUGACCAACCAUAAAGGGCGGGGUGCUCACUGUGAUUGACAGAUCUCCAUCUCGCUUCCUCUCAUCUUCCCUGAACUUCUUGCCAAGAACAUUUUUGCCAUUUCUUACUCCUUCUCACUUUUGCUCCGUGUGAAGUACAUUCCCCACCUGUAAAUACAUUCCACGUAAUAUUU